AUGCCACCAGUCCAACAGUAUCAAUAUGUAGGUCACCAACCAUCAAACUGGGACAAGUUCAAAAUGGGUGCUCUAAUGGGCUCAACCGUUGGUGUUUGUGUUGGUGUCUUAUUCGGCGGGUUUUCAAUCUUGCAAAAUGGUGCUGGACCCAAUGGUGUAAUGAGAACACUUGGUCAGUAUAUAAUGGGAUCAGUGGGGACAUUUGGUUUGUUUAUGUCUAUUGGAUCAGUAAUUAGAUCUGAUCCAAAGUAUAUGGAGAUGCAAAGGAAUAUGGUUGCUAAUCAAAGAGCUAAGUUGACUGCUAUUUACAGAGAUUGA